CGCAAGUUUCAAGUCAAUCGGAGAUCAAUUGGCGACUCGGGGGAAGACACUCGGGUAUGACUUGAAGAAGAUGGAUUUCUACCUCAGUUUGUGACCAUAUAAUCAUGUAAUCUUGUCAUGAGAAGAAAGAGGAUGAGACUACGAGCGUCUGGGAUCAAACGACACCUGAUUUGGAGUCUGAACGAGGGAGAAACGAAGAAUCAAAGAUAGGGGAAAAUUGGUUUCGGGCUUCUCUGAGAAACAGAAGGGGGCUCUAUCGUGAACCAAAAAUCCCCUAUCGUGAACCAAAAUCCCCGGUCGUGAACAAAAAAUCCCCGGUCGUGAACCAAAAAUCCCCGGUCGUGACCUAAAAUACCCGACAGGGAAUUUUGACCAGGGAUCGCGAACGCAGGCUGUUAAAAGCCUGUUUUGUGCGUUUUUGCAGGAGAGAGUUGGGUUUUGUAUCCCAAACACCCAAAGGACGAACCAAAGAAAGUGAGGGCGAUUUGAGGGCAUUCUAAGAGUGGAAUUGGAGGAUUUCUUCGCCUUGGAAGCUCGAGGAACAAGCCCGGACUUGAAGAUUGAUCAUCUGAAGAUUCUUACUGCCGUCUCUCUCUUCUUUAUGGAGUAACUUCCCUUCACUUAGGUUUUGAGGAACCCUAGCUAUGUUUGUUUGAUUGGAUAAUUGUAUGAGUACUCUGACUUGAUAAUCUUGAGUUCAUAUUCAAUCUAUGCAUGUUUUCAUGAUUCAAUUCUGCUUUAGUCGAAAUUAUUGAUUCUGAUUUGAUCCUAUGAGAGCGAAUACCUGAUUAGGUCAUUAGAGCACCAUAGAUUGAUAGUAUUGGAUCGAUUGCUUUAGUCGAGGGUUGAUUCACUGCUUUGUAUCGAUUGAGAACCUCUUUCGAUAGAGGGAGUCUAGUUCAGAACGCCUUGAUCGGUUGUUCUAGAGAAGGAUACGUCCCUCUAGGCAAUUGACUCAAGAGGGCCUUGUUCCUUUAGUCGAGACUCAAGGUCUAGUCAAUGAUUCUCCGCAUUGUCAAUGAAAGUGAAACAAGUUAGAGAUUAUCAAUCGUUAAUCCGGCUAGUGGCUAGGGGGAAUCAUACCUAAGUGAGUUCCCAACCUGUAAUUAGAUUAACUUUAACUGUAGUUUGCUAGAGUAGUUUUAGUUCUUUCAACUUAAUCUCGUUUGCUAGAUAAUGAACUGAAGCUGAGUAAUGGUAACUCUAGAGACCCGUGGAUUCGAUAUUUAUUACUUGAGUCACUAUACUGCAGUCCCUUUCAUUGGUUACACUUGGCCUUUGUUAGGAGUUGUGUCGUAACGAGUCACUAAUCAAAGGAAUAAUUAGGAAAGUAGUCUUUGCAGCGGGGAGAGCUGUCAUUGUUAACUGUUUCUAACCAAAAUUAUAGCGAGAGAUAAUAGAGAGAGAGAGACAGAGAGAGAUAUAUCUAUUGUCCAAGUAAUAUUAUUGCUUUGCAAACAUGUACAUAUAGGCUUAUUCACCACUGCUAUGCGAGGAACUGCUCUGCUACGAAGGUGUGCCCGAUCUAUGCUUUCCCUUCUGAAUGGAUUCACCACUGCUUAUACACCUGCUCACACGCGGCGGAAGGAUGGAAUCAGGAAUGGCCAUCGGUGCCCCCUGCUUCUCUCACUCCCUUCCUGGAGUGGUUGGAUUCCCUUCGACACAGCUUCUCGAUCAGCUCGAUUUAGAAGAUCAUUUUUCUCGUAUGACAGACAUGGAAAGCGAGGAACGAGAAGAUUUUUAAAAAUACUGCCCCAUGGCCCCCUCCACAAUCUCGAAGGCAGCUUUGGCGCAUCAUCAAUGGACCACGUGCCCCAGGAAACUUACCAUAGUUCCUCCAUCAUCUCAGCUCAUCUCACCCCAAGAGCACUCUUCACCACCGCCAGGUACUCAUGAAUUUGAAGUACAGUGCGAUGGAUCGUUUUUCGACGAUUCCCAGGAGGCGGCAUAUGGCGUCGUUGUUUCGAACAACCAUGGUCAAGUGUGUGAUGGUAAAGCUGAGAAUCUGCACUGUUUUUCCCCACUUGAAGCAGAAGCAAAGGCCCUGCUGGAGGGCUGCCGGUUAGCUGCCUCCCUCAGAUCUCCCUGCCUGGUGCGAUCUGACUGCUUACCCCUGGUUCGUGCAAUUCAUAGCCACCCAAAAUGAUGGCCAUGGCGAGCGGCAGCUUGGCUGUGUAUCAUCAAACAAACGCUGGACGACAAUCCGCUGAUCAAGAUCAAGCACAUCGGUAGAAGGAAUAAUUCUAAAGCUAAUCGGGUAGCUAAAUCAUGUGCUAAAAACCAAUUGCCAUCGCAAUGGUUACAGAUUCUUGACGUGGUUGCUCCCCUUUUGUAAUGUUUGGCUUUUGCUACAUUUAAUGGAAUUUCAGUGUCCUUUGUAAAAAAAAAUGUACGUAUAGGUGGCUAGCUAGCUAUAGCUGGGAGGUGAUGGGUUUGUUUUUUGAUUUUAACGUAGUACCAUGGUUGUCUUGUCUCAUCAUCAGGAGGACCGACUACUAAGUAAAAAAGAAAAUGGAAA